CUCUGAUGAUGGCAAGUGACAGUGACCCCAAAUACAUUUUGCAGGUGGAAAACAGGAGGAAAAACGUCUUUGUGACCCAACUAGGAGAGCACAGGGAAGAAGAGGACGAAGAUGUCCAUUGCAUCCCUAUCAUUCAUGAGGCCCCGAGCAAGAUUCUUCGGCAUCAUGGAAAAACACUACAGAAGACUUUGCUUUUGCAAAAAGAAGUUGAACAUGACCAAGUUACUGCAGAACUGAUUGCUAAGAGGCAAGAAUUCAAAAAACAGAUGGAAAUGCUGGCUGAACGAAGAGCAGAAUUUGCAUUGAAAGAAGAGGCUAGCAGGGCUCAAGCUCUUAAAUUUGACAGAUAUCUUAAAGAGUGUGAGCAGAAGAAGGAACGUGCGAUGAAGAAAUACCAGAACGAACGGAAGCUCAAUCAGACAAAGAAGAAUGAGAUUCAUAAACUGAAAGAAGAACUUAAAGAACUCAGAGUUAGGCAACAGAAGUUACAGAAAAAGGUGGCCAAAUGUAAAGUGUAUGAAGAUUUCUUGCUGAAACUGAUUGAAGCAUUGCCUGCCAACUAUCUGGAAUGUGGGGAAGAUUCUUUGAUUACAGCCCUCAUUAAAAGACACGAGACGUUGGUGACCGCAAACCAGAACUUGACAAAGAAUUUGUCCUCCCUGCUACAUAAUCUUGAGAAAACCCAACAUGAAAUUGGGACCUUGCAAGAGGAACAUGACACAGCGAAAGUUAUGCUGAUUAGCAAACUUUCAGAGCUUCAGACAAAAUGCAGUGCAUUACAAGGGGAAAAUACGCAGCUGGAGCAGUACAUUAGCCGUAAAAAAGGCCACUUCAGAAAUCAGAAAGAAGAACUAGGCAGGAUGUUGUUAGCAAUCUCUAGCCUAGCCGAGCAGUGCUACGUGUGGCAUUACGGCCCUUUGAAGGAAAUGCCAUUGCUCUCCAAGCUGGACAUGAUCCAAGAGUUCAUUCUGCGAAAACAGGCUAUCAGACAGCAAACUAUGCAAUCAGAUGAACUUGAAACAUCAUCCUGCAGUCUUAAGGAACGACCUCACAAAAGCAAAAAGUGA